UUUAUAUUUUUAAGUUUCGCUUUGUUUUUGUGUAAAUGCUUUAUUAUUGUUUUGAAUGAGUAAUAUUGUUUCUUCUGCAACAUGAACAACGAUCCGGGUAUUGUGUGUUUUCGUCAUUGUUUAACAAAGAAUAUAAUUUGCAAGCACGUUCCAAUCGUAUGUCCGGUGUGUUCGUUGCAAAUUGAAGGUUUUAUUGUCGAUCCAUUUCGCGUUCCAUAUCCGUUUGCAAAUGCCAGUCACAAUCCAACUAGUGUUGCUAUUCGACCUUCUCAAGGCAAUUUUCUUGAUGAUUAUGACAUAACGUGUCAUGAUUUGCACAUUGGAGUAGUCGACUCCGAAGGAAGAAUCAUUGAAUUCGACAAAAAUGGAUUGAUAAUGAACGAUGUGAUGAAAUGGACCGACUGCAUUGUAUUCAAAGUUGUGCCAGAUGCCUGGAUAUCUCAAUGGGAUAAAACAUUGUCUGACACAUCAAAAGAUCUCAAGUGGCAGUCCGUUAACUACAAUGAAAACAAACUGAAUUGUUUUGAUUUUGUUCUGGAGUUUAUUAAUAAUUUAGAGUAUAAAGAUUUAAAAUUUGUUACAAAAGAGAAUCUGUGCGAGCAAUUAAUAUUGCCAAAACUUCAAAUUGUAAGCAGAUACACUUUGAUGUAUAGAGCUUUGAAAGAUCAAGAAUAUUUUAUUGCAGAUUAUCAUAUUUGAUAAAAAUUUAUUUUUGUCAUUCAUGAAUAACAAGUGUUAUCUGUAAUCUAUGCAAUAAAUGUUAAUUUUGUAUGUAUUUGCGUUUUAGUUUUAAUCCUCUUGUGUUAAAUGUCUGGAUUUUUUGUAGAAAAAAACAAUAACAGAAAAAGAUUGUA